CUAUUGUAUACCUCAACAGAGAAACUUCCGCUUGUUGACUUGACGAAGGCGGAGAGUCAAAAUGGGAAAGAAACAGCACCAGAAAGAUAAACUGUACCUGACCACCACUGAGUGGAAGAAUGAAUGGGGUGGCUACAAGGGGAAACAGAACGCUGGACAGAAUGCCAGAUUUCGGAGAUUACCAUUUCAUAGCUGCAGCCUGUCUCUGCAGCCAUUUGAACAUCCUCUGUGUACAAAGGAAGGAAUCAUUUUUGACCUGAUGAACAUCUAUCCUUUCUUGAAGAAGUAUGGAGUGAGCCCUGUCACUGGAGAGAAAAUGACCUCCAAGGAUCUGACCAAGCUGACAUUUCACAAGAAUUCUCAAGGCCGCUACCACUGCCCGGUCACCUUUAGGAUCUUCAAUGAGAACACCCACAUAGUUGCCAUCAAGACCACAGGCAAUGUUUAUUCCUAUGAGGCUUUGGUGAGACUGAAUCUAAAAGUGUCCAACCUUCGAGAUCUGCUGACUGACGAGCCGUUUACAAGGAAGGAUAUGCUGACCAUCCAGGACCCUACAAAUUUGGACAAAUUCAACUUGUCAGACUUCUACCAUAUCAAAAACAACUUGAAAGUCCCUGAUGAAGACAGUGACCAGUCGGACCCUAAGUACCGUCUGAAGAACAUCAACUCAGAGGCCCGGGAUACUCUGGAGGAACUGGACCGUGACUACAAACCCAAGGAUCUACACCUGCUGGGCAUUACAAACGAGCAGAAAGCCAAGCCUGACAAGUUCAAUUCUGCAUCCUACGAGCCCUGCUCAACUGGUGUUAUGUAUCAGUAUCACCAGCAUCCUUCACGUGCAGUAUCCACAGCAGCAGUGACCCCACAGACAGAGCAGGAGUCAGCUGUUAUACAUGAAGAUGUGUUGAGAUAUGAGAGAGUCCACAAGAAGGGUUACGUCAGGAUGGUGACCAGCCACGGCACCCUCAACUUAGAGCUCUUCUGUGACAUGGUGCCCAAGACUUGUGAGAACUUCAUGCAGCUGUGUGCCCGGGGGUACUACGAUGAUAUGACUUUCCACCGUUCCAUCAGAAACUUCAUUAUCCAAGGUGGAGAUCCCACUGGCACUGGGAAGGGUGGACAGUCUUGCUGGGGUCCUGCGUUCAAGGACGAGUUCAAACCCAACUUGACCCAUACAGGGAGGGGGAUGCUCAGCAUGGCCAACAGUGGACCCAACACAAACAAGUCUCAAUUCUUCUUCACAUACAGGUCGGCCCGGCAUCUGGAUGGUAAACAUGCAGUGUUUGGCAAGAUUGUUGGUGGAUUGGAAACAUUGGACAAAAUGGAAGCUGUUGCCGUCAACAAACAUGACAAACCUAAGGAAGAAAUCAAGAUUGAGAAUGUCAUCGUGUUUGUGAACCCGUUUGAUGAAGCAGAUGAACAGCUGAAGAAGGAGAGAGAAGAAGAACUGGAGAAACAGAAGGCAGCUGCAGAGGCUGAGAGGAAGAAGAAGGAACAGAGGAAGAUGGAAGAAGAGGGACCACGUGUUUUCAAGAAGGGUGUCGGGAAAUAUAUCAAUAUGUCUACUCUUAAGCGAAGUAAGGAUGAUGAAGAUGUGUCAUCAGGAACUGUCAAGAAGAAGAAGAAGGCGGAAGGAUCCUACUCAUUUGGGGACUUCAGUGCCUGGUGAUGUCGCAGGGGGAGUGUUGGUGAUGUCGCAGAGAGUGUGUUGGUGAUGUUGCAGAGAGUGUGUUGGUGAUGUUGCAGGGGAGUGUUGGUGAUGUUGCAGAUGAUGGGUGCUGAUGUAGCUGGAGGCAUGUCAGGGAUUUUGAUGGAGGCAUGUUGGUUAUGUGCAGGAGGCCCAUCGACUAUGGUGCAGAAGGCUUGUUGGUGAUGUUGCAGAG